AUGGAGCUCUUUUUCUUUGUUCCUGUCUGUGGAGACUUGGGUUGUUUCCACCGCGUUCUUAAUACCAUCAAGUUUUUGCCUUUCCCCUCACCCCAGAUUUCUCUUGUCCAGUGUGAUCUUAUCACCGAAGCUCCACCACCAGAGCCCAUCACCCCCUCCUCCCUGACACCUGGAGGGGUGAUGGCAGGCGCUUGUGUCCCUCCCAACCUUCCUGACUCUACAGCCAGCUCCCCCUCUGCUCUGCUGCGUCUGGGAGUAUCUCGGGGCUCAGUGCCUGGGCCAUUGCUCCCUCUCCAGCUGCCCAGGUUCUCAUCCAGGCUCGGGGCUGUCUUUAUGUAA